ACACGACGCCAACAAGUUCUCCCUGUCAUUUUGCUCUCUCCACAUUCCAAAUUUCUGUCGCCGAUAAUCCAAACAUCCAAAAUACAAAUCCUUUGAUCCCUAUACUUGUUUUGUAUCUUCCCUAACGUGAUCGGCCACCGCCCAAUCUCCCCAAUCUCUAUAGCUGUCUUGCCAGGAUUCCACACUGUCUCUACGUGUAUUCUUAGAUCGCCGUCGCACUUUGCACCCAUUACUCCGAACUUGUAUCGACCCAUAUUUUCCCGAAGAACAAUUGUCUGAUCAGAAUUAGCAACGGGGACAUUGUUUGUCGGUUAUUGGAGCGGUUUUAGGGCUUCUUGGAUCGUUUUCUUCUUGGGUAACCGUUCUCUAUCUUCAAUCCGCUCUGUAUUUGAGGUAGUUGCUUCGUCUUCUGCUCCUCAUUGAUUGUUGGGAUUGCGUUGUUUCGGAAACCCUAGGUUCUGGGAGUCUCUAGGGUUUUCUAAUUGCUCUCCACGGAGUUCAACAAUUGUUGAGAGACAGAAAGGGGUUUCUGCUUUCCGUUAGAAUUUCUCAUUUGCUUGCAGAAUGGGUUUUCUUUUUUGUUUUUGUUUUGUAAUGUUGAAGUCAGACUGGAAAUGAGAUUGCUGAAUCUGCUGUGUUUAGCCGGAAACCUUCUGCUUUCCCCACAAGAGAUGAAGGGAGAGGCCUUCACAUCUAAACGUGUCCUUGAGUUUGAGCCUUCACAUUUCAAUUUUCGGUAUUUGCGAAAUGCAACUUGCCUUGCAAACUUUUGUUAGGUUAGCCAGUUGACGCAAUAUUGUCCCUGGAAUGACGGUAGGGAAAUGUUUGUGGAGAAUUGACGAAAGAACACGAACUUCUAUUCUAUUGUAGUGUACAAACGUGGUUAUUGUCUUGAUACAGUAUAUGAGUGGCAUUUUUGACCGCUGAACCUGCAAUAAUACAUCGAGAAGUGUCACCAAAAUAGUCUCGUUUUCCCUAUUUGAUUGGGUUGGGGACUGGUCACUUGACCUGAGUGUGUCUGGAGAAAUGCUGCUCCAUUGGGAACUGAACUUGCUCUGAAAGGAACAGUGACAAGUCUGUAUGUAGAAGAAUCUGAUGGUGUUCUGUGCUGAUGGAAAGGAGCGAACCCACAUUAGUUCCUGAAUGGUUGAGAAGUUCUGGAAAUAUAAUUGGGGCAGGAAGCUCUGGCAGCCAUUUCCAUUCAGGCAUAACCUCAAGAACAAGAAAUAGAUCUACUAGGAGCUUGAAUGACAAAGAUAGCACACACAAUUUUUCCUUAGACCGAAGUUCAUCAUUAAAUUCUAGACGCGGUUUGAAUAGCAGUGCUUCUAAGAAUCCAUAUAGUAGUUUCACUCGAAACCACCGUGAUAAAAACCGUGACAAGGAGAAGGAAAGGUCAUCUAUUUUGGAACUAUGGGACUCUAACUCAUCCGAUCCUUUUGGGAGUGUAGUAGCUAGUAGGGUUGAUAAGAAUAAUUUGAGGCGCUCUCAUUCACUUGCUUCCAGGAGAUCUGGUGAACUUGUACCUCAAAGAGCAGAAGACAAGAAAAAUAGCAGGAACAACAUUUUGAAUAGUUCCAAUGGUGUGCUCUCAGGUUGCAACAAUCUUAAUGGAAUUCAAAAGGCUACUUUUGAGAAGGACUUUCCCUCUCUUGGAACUGAAGAGAAGCAAGUGGUCAGAGUCCCUUCUCCAGGAUUGAGCUCUGCUGUUCAGAGUUUACCAAUUUCCAAUUCACAUUUGCUUGGUGGUGAGAAAUGGACCUCAGCAUUGGCUGAAGUUCCUGCUAUAAUUGGUAUCAAUGGUGUGAAAAAUUUAUCAUCCCAGCAGUCUGGCUCUGUAACUCUUUCAUCUGGAACUUCAGGUGCAAAUAAUAGUCUUAAUAUGGCGGAGGCUUUGUCUCAAGGUCCACCACAAGCUCAUACCACAUCCCAGCUCCCUGAUAAAAUACAUCGACUUGAGGAAUUAGCCCUGAAGCAGUCCAGACAAUUGAUACCUGUGACUCCUACAAUGCCUAAAGCACUGGUGUCAGUAUCAGAUAAGUCGAAGCAACCGAAACUAGCUGUUAGAACAAGUGAAAUGGUUGGCACUGCUAAGAGUAUUCAACAACAACCAUAUUCAUCUCAAGCAAAUAAUCCCUGUUGUGGGCUGGUGAGAUCAGAUGCUCCAAAUAUGUUUCAUACUGGGAAGUUUCUUGUUCUAAGGCCUGUCACUACUCCAAAGGAUACAGCCAGUCUGACUAAUGUUGCUGGUGGAAAAGUUGCAAAUGAGCAGCCUUCAGUUUCCCCUUUGUGUCCUUUGACUAGCACUAGCUCAAGCACACCAAAGAUGUCUGCAGUUGAGGUCAAAGCUGCUGCAUUAACACUGAAUUCAAGACCAAUCACAGAGAAGAAAUUAUCCAUAUCUCAAGCUCAAAGCAGGAGUGAUUUUUUCAAUCUCAUAAGAAAAAAGACAUCACCAAAAGCCACUGCACUUCAAGAUUCUGGAGCAGUGUUAUCAUCUUCAGAUUUGGUCGGGGUUACAUGUAAAGGAGUUAGCUGUGAUCUUGUAAGUCAAGUUGUUGAGAAUGGUCUGAUUGCCAGCAAUGGUGACUAUCCUGGGAGUCCCUUUACAUUUGACUCUUACAAUGCUCAGCAGUGUUCGGAUGUAGACAAUUCGUGUCUUAAGGGAAUGAUUUAUCCCGAUGAAGAAGAGGCUGCUUUCUUACGUUCACUUGGAUGGGAUGAAAAUUAUGGGGAGGAUGAAGGCUUAACAGAAGAGGAGAUAAAUGCUUUUUAUCAGGAGUGCAUGAAAUUGAAGCCAUCUUUGAAAAUUUGUAAAGGAACCCAUCUAGCGUUCACGCCAGCUGACUGUAAAUCUGGAGCUCCUUCUGCAACAGAGUCUUGUGCUUCCGAGUUAGAUUAGAUGCAAAAUAUAUUUCAGGCAUAAGACGAUUUGCUUGGCAGAUUUUUGCUUCUCAUCAUCUCUUCCCUUUGGAGGUAUGCUUACGUUGCUCCCGAGCAGCCGAGAAUGGCUUUUGUUUUAUGUAGUAGUCAGAAGACAAUAAAUUACUGAUAGCUCUGCUGUGGAAAUAUUAAGGGUAUUGAGUUAGCAGCUGAAAUAGUGGCAGGUGGGCAAAUUGCUUUUCAUGGAAACACUUUGGUGUUUUUUUUGCAGAUUUUAAAGGGAAAAUUGAAAAUUUCAAAGUCCAGUUUACACUUUUUUUCCCUUUCAUUUCUCUACCAGUGACCUGUCAAUCCCUAUUACAGUAGUUACUGUUGGUGAUCACACUCAAGUUUGAGGUGCAGUCAUCAUUCUCAAAUUCAUUAAUACUGGAAAAAAAAAGAAUCCAAAAUAUGGAUUUAAAUUUAUGUUAUAAAUAUUUUGUCAAUGUGCUCACUAUGUCCUGUUUAUAAAAGCAGUAUCAGUUCUUUUGUUGCCAAACUCUACACAUUGUCAGUUAAGAUGUCUUUUCUUCAUAUGCUGAUUGUCUGCUUGGCCCUCUUUGACAGAUGGACUUAGUCAUAUUCCUUCAUUUGCCAGUCACAUGUAUUGUUCAGAAGGACGCGGUCCCGAAUUAAUUGGUACAAUUCGAUUUUACGGAGUUUAAGAAAAGUAUUAAAAAGUAAAAACAGUGAUUGAAAUUUGCUUAAAAGAAAGAAAAAUUGUCGAAUACAUAUUGAAAAGUAAAGUGGAACGAUUAAA